AUGGACAAUGCUGGAUACAGCAAGUGGGGCGGCGGGUCCCAGGACCUCCCUGGAGGGCACUGGGGACGCUGGGAGCACUGCAAGCAACGAUUUUUCUUCCUGGCCCUGGUUCUCCUGGUGGCCACAAUCCUAUGGGCUUUCAUUCUGAGCAUUCUGUUGUCCAAGGCCUCUGUGGAGCGCCGGGCGCUGGUGGGCCAACAGGACCUGCUGGAGACGAAUGCCUCGGAACAGACAGUGGUGCUGGGUGCCUUGAAGGAGGAGGUCGGAGCCUGCAACAGCUGCUGCUUGGGGACCAAGGCGAAACUGCAGACCACUCUCACUGAGCUUGGGGAGACCCAGGCAAAAGUGCUCCAGCAGGAGAGCGCCCUGAAAGAACUGCAGGAGCGCGUGACCCAGGGCUUGGCUGAAGCCGGCAGGGACCGAGAGAACGUCCGCACUGAACUGUUCCGGGUGCUGGAGGGCAUCAAGUUCCAGAACGGUUCCUGUGAGCCGUGCCCCAAGUCCUGGCUGACCUUCCAGGGCUCUUGUUACUUUUUCUCGGAGCCACCCAGCUCGUGGGAGGCGUCGCUGCGCCUCUGUGCAAACCUAAGCGCUCACCUGGUGAUCAUCGGGGGCCUGGAGGAGCAGGGCUUCCUGAAUCUGCACACUCGCGGCCUGGGCUACUGGCUGGGCCUGAGGGCUGUGCGUCACUCUGGCAAGGUUCAGAGCUACAAGUGGAUCGAUGGAGUCCCGCUCAGCUUCAGCCACUGGAACACGGGAGAGCCCAAUGACUCAAGGAGGCAAGAAGACUGUGUCAUGAUGCUGCACUCGGGGCUGUGGAACGACGCACAAUGCAGCAGUAAAAUGGACGGCUGCAUCUGUGAGAAGAGGCGCAGCUGCUGA